UCAACAAUUGUUUUCCUACGGUUAAAUAAAACAUGUCUUUGAAAUGACUACUCCAACCAACGGAGGUUUGCGCGAUCAGCUGAUAGCCGCAGUGCUAAAGAAACGCGCUGCCAUUGCCAGAGCGCAACAAAUCGUGGUGUCACUUCUGGAACCCGGCAUAAGCGAUGAGACGUUUCUGGAUGUGCUUUCGGAGAUCGGACCGCACAAUUACGCAGACGUUAUAGAUGAACGGCACGUUUAUAAGCUCUGCGGCUAUCCGCUUUGUUCAACAGUUUUGGAAAAAAUACCUGCCCAAAAGUACCAGAUCUGCGCAAUUCGCAAUAAAGUGUACGACCUGACGGAACGCAAAAAGUAUUGCUCUGGCUACUGCUUCAGGGCAUCCGAAUAUAUUAAGACUCAGAUACCCAGCACUCCGCUGUGGCUACGAGACGAGGAGCCAAAGCCGAAUUUUAAGCUGCUGCCGCUCGACAAAAAAUAAUUAGCUUUACAUUCAUGUAUAUUCCAAUGCCAAAAUUAAGUUAUAUAAAUGGAGCAUCCGUUUGUGUUUUUACAAUGCA